UUUCUUUAAAGCCUGUGUGUGUUUGAAAACACUUCUAGAGGACAACAAAUGUUAAUUCACAACGGCUACAAAUAUAUUCGCGAAUAUUCACGAGGUCUCAACACUUAUUGGUGUUGUAAAGAAUUUAGGACCAAAAUCAAAUGCCGUGGAAGGUCAAAAACUGUUGGCAACCAAGUAAUCGAAACACAACCACAUACUUGUAUUCCAUCAUCUUCUGUCGAGGAACUUCUUAAUGGAAGCUAUAUUGUUCAAAAACCUCAAGUUUGUAAUACAUUACCCAGUGAUGUUGAGAGGGAAUCCAUCGCAGGAGCCUCAAACACAUCCGUCUCCUCACCUCCAAAAAUUGUUUCUUCCUUCUCCCCUAUUCAAAAAAAGCCUAUAAAGAAAGAAGUAUUGAACAGGCCCAACAGAAAAUGUCCAAAACCGUCUCCCUCAGAGAUUUUUACAACAACUACAAGAGGAAAUCAAAUGCUAGUUCACAAAGGUUAUCGCUACAUAAAAGAUUAUGGCAAAGCUGGGACAAUUUAUUGGGCAUGUAAAGAAUACAAGACGAAUGAAAAAUGUCCUGGACGGGCAAAAACUGUGGACAACGACGUUUUCGUUACUCAACCACAUUCUUGUGUUCCGUCGCUUACUCUUAUUGAAGCUACUAGAAUUCGGAACAAUAUUUUACAAGCUGCAAAAACUUCGAAGGAGUCGCCCAAAGCUGUUAUUAAUGAGUGCCUUGCAGGGGCAUCUGAUGCAGUCAUUGCCACACUUCCAAAAAUUUCUUCAUUAGCAACUACAAUUAAGAGAAAACGGAGACUGCAGGGUCUGCCUGACAACCCUCGCUCUCGCUCAGAAAUUAUAAUUCAUGAAGACUAUCGAAAAACAAAAACUCUAUUGAAAGAAGAAUUUGUUUUGCUGGAUACGGGUGCUGAAGAUCCAGAGCGUUUAAUUAUUUUUGCUUCUUCUACGGAUUUGGACCGUCUUUCAAGAUGUGGGACUUGGCUAGCUGAUAGUUCUUUCAAAUCUGGUUCUGGUGCAUUUUACCAUUUUUGGGUGUUGUACGGGUUGUAUUGGUAA